GGGCUGAGGCUAAGACAGGCAUCCCACAGCAGAUGGAUGAAUAGCACGUCUGUCCUGCCAGCUGUGUGCUUUCUCCCACCCAAAGGAAGCAGUAGAGACUCAGACAGCAAAGCCUGGAGUCGCCCCCGCAGUCUGUUCGGGCACUCGGUACGUGCGAAGGCAAUUGAGGGAAGCAAGAUGGAAUCAGAAAGAGAAAUCACCGACCUUCAACCUGGGAACCCCAACCCCAGGAGGAGCCAGCCCAUCAACCUGAACCAUUAUGCCACCAAGAAGAGCGUGGCAGAGAGCAUGCUGGACGUGGCUCUCUUCAUGUCCAAUGCCAUGCGGCUGAAAACGGUGCUGGAGCAGGGGCCAUCCUCUCAAUACUACGCUACCCUCAUCACUCUCAUCAGCAUCUCUCUGCUCCUGCAGGUCGUCAUCGGAAUCCUCCUCGUGGUCAUUGCACGGCUGAACCUGAAUGAGGUAGAAAAGCAGUGGCAAUUAAACCAGCUCAACAAUGCUGCCACCAUCUUGGUCUUCAUCACUGUUGUCAUCAAUAUCUUCAUUACAGCUUUCGGGGCACAUAAGACAGGGUUCCUGGCUGCCAGGACCUCGAGGAAUCCUCUCUGAAUUCAGCUUGGAACCCAGGUACUGGGUCCGGAGUUGCUUCCGCCUCUUUCCUCCCUGACCUGCCAGGCUGAUGAGCACUUUCCACAGCCCCUGGGAGCUCCUGAAAGAGCGAUGUAGAUGCCUGCUUCCUACCACAGCACCUGAAUGAAGAUGGGAUAGUUUGCUGGUCCGAGUGAAUUUCGUCUUGGUCCACAGGCCUGAGCUCAGCGUGGGGCAGUGCCAGCCUCUCCUCCUGGUGGCACCUGCACCUGAGGCAUGUCGCCCCAAGGCUGAGGCCACCAGCUUAAGGACUCUGGUUCUGACUUACUCCAUUGCUUCCCUCUCUCCCAUCCAUUCCCAGGCCUAUUUUCCCAGGUAAAAUGGGAUGAUUUCUAUCUAUAAAAGUUUCUGCA